AUGGCUUCACUAUUAUCAAGAACGGUGCCUCGUGCUCUACGCACCUCAGUCUUCACAGCCCGCACAACAUCGAUAUUACAGAGUCGCCAGAAGCACGAUCUCCACAACCCACCCCAAGGUAACGCCCCGGUACCAGACCGCGGCCCUCCCUCUCCACCAAAAGAAGAGUCCACCUCCCUCAAAGACAACUACGCCGCAGCCUCCUACUUAGGAACAACCAAACGCCUCCCCGAAUUCAAUCUCAACGACAAAGUCGUCCUCGUAACGGGCGCUGCACGAGGCCUCGGCCUAGUGCAAGCCGAAGCCCUGCUCGAAGCCGGCGCGACCGUGUAUGCCUUAGACCGCCUUCCUGAACCAUCGCCGGAUUUCUGGCGAGUGCAGAAGAGGGCGGCGGAGGAAUUGGGCACGACAUUGCAUUAUCGACAGAUUGAUGUGAGGAAUGUGCCGCAGCUGAAUGAGGUCGUGCAGAGUAUCAGUCAGGUGCAUGGAAAGUUGGAUGGAUUGAUUGCGGCGGCGGGGAUUCAGCAGGAGACGGCUGCGUUGGAUUACAAGCAGGAGGAUGCUAAUAUGAUGUUUGAGGUUAACGUCACUGGUGUUAUGAUGACUGCGCAGGCGUGUGCGAGGGAGAUGAUCAAGCAUGGGAAUGGUGGGAGCAUUGCAUUUAUUGCUUCGAUGAGUGGGACUGUUGCUAAUAGGGGCCUCAUCUGCUCCGCAUACAACGCUUCCAAAGCCGCUUUGAUCCAGCUUGCCCGCAAUCUCGCUGCAGAGUGGGGAUCACACGGCAUUCGUGUCAAUACCAUCUCCCCUGGUUAUAUCGUAACGGCUAUGGUGGAGGCUCUGUUCGAGCAGUAUCCAGAGCGAAGGCGGGACUGGCCCACUCAGAAUAUGUUGGGCAAGCUCAGCAAGCCGGAGGAGUACAGAGGUGCAGGAGUGUUCCUGAUCAGCGACGCCAGUUCGUUCAUGACUGGUGCAGACCUCAGGAUAGAUGGUGGUCAUGCGGCUUGGUAG